CUCUAACCGGACUUUCCUCUCUAGUUUGUCCAGCUGAGGAGGAAGUUUAACUGGGUCGGCUUACCUCUCCGCUCCGCAACCGCUGAAACCCCCCCCCCCAACCCCCCAUCAAAGGAAAACAACCCCGAGGAACACUGCGCGGUUUUACCCCGCAGACACUUAUUCGCUUUGCGUAACUUCCAGCUUUCUUCUGUUGGAUUUUCUUUUUCUCUCUCGGGUUUGUGGGGGGUCUGAGCUGAUCCGCUCCGAUUCAAUCAAGAUGUCUGUCCAGUCGAGCCAGAAAACGACGACGACCUACCGGACCAUGAAAGUUGCCUCUCCUGAGCCGAUGGCCAGCACGGUGAUCUCGGGCGGGUCGGUGCUCUCGGGCGGGUCGAUGAUCUCGGGCCAGUCGGUGCUCUCGGGCCAGUCGGUGCUCUCGUCCGGGUCGGUGCUCUCGUCCGGGUCGGUGUCCUCGGCCGGGUCGGUGUCCCCGAUGAACGGCUAUGAGACGGUGCGCUACCUGGUCCCGAUGCAGCAGCAGUCCUACAUGCCGGUGCAGCAGCAGUCCUACAUCCCCGUGCAGCAGGCCGUGCAACAGCAGUCCUACGUCUUCGUGCAGCAGCCUAUGAUGCAGCAGCAGAUGGUGUCCCCGGUGUACCUGCAGAGUAUGCCACACCUGAGCGUCAGCAGCCAGGAGUCCGACCUGCUGUACCAACAGCAGAGCACGCUGGAGAGUAGCAGCAGGCAGUCUUCAGUGUUCAGCCAGUUGUCCAGUCCUAUCAAGAGCCCUGAGCCAAGUGCUGAGGAGGAGGAGGAAGAGGAGGAGGAGGAAGAAGAGGAGGAGGAGGUAGUGGAGGUAGAAGAGGUGGAGAUUGUCAACAUCAUACAGCAGAAGCCGUCGCCGGUGAUAGAGAAGAUCUCGAGGACGGCGGUGAAGACCGAGCUGAGGGAAGUGCCCCAGCCCACGAGGUUGGACACUCGCUACUUCGGCGAGCUGCUCGCCGACGUUUACAGGAAGAACUGUGACAUCCACUCCUGCAUCUCCGAGCAUGUGUCCAAGAUCCGUGGACAGAAACACCAGCUGGAUCCCAGCAAUGACUACAAGGUGGAGAGAGAGGAGGUGGAGGCUUUGCUUCCCAAAGGAGCCACUGAACUGACCAAACAACAAAUCCGCUACCUGCUGCAGACUCGUCUCACUGCAGAUAAGAGCAUGCGUCUACUGCUGUCCACCUUCAGCAGUCUGAGAGAGGAGCUCCUCCACAUGUCUGAGGACCUGCGGCGCCUGGAGAGCGAGAAGGAGGCGUUGGAGAGAGAUCUGAGUUUCAAAGCAGACCAGGCUCGGCAGUAUGACUGCCUCCUGGAGGCCGUCCGAGAAAACAACAGACAGCUCCAGCUGUCUCUAAAGGAAACCAGCGCCUCCCAGCGCUCCCUGGAGAGCCAGCUCAUGAGCACCCGAAACAACGACUCGAGCCGCGAGUUCAAGGUUAAAGAGCUGGAGGGGAGGAUGAGAGCGCUGGAGAAGGAGAACGAAAUGCUCCGACAGAAACUGGCCGGCCAAGGCAACAGCACCACCCUGCAUAUCAAGACAGAGGAGUUGUCCCGUCAGUACAAGGACCAGCUCAGCUCCAUGAAAAGAGAAAAAGAUGAGGAGAUCCAGAGGCUGCGGUCCCAGAUAACAAAGAUCCAGACAGAGAUUAGCACCACCACCACCACCAAGUCGUCCUCAGAGAAGAGUCUCCAGCUGAAGAUCUCAGAGCUGAUCGCCAUGUUGGAGCAGCGGCAGACCAUCAUCACCCGACAGGAGGAGGAGAUCAGGAAGCUGAUGCAUGAGAGGAACGACAGCUCCAAGAACGUCACCAAGACCAUCAUCACCAAGAGGUACAGGAACCAGUACCCUCUCCUCGGUCUGCUGAGCGAUGACUACCAGGCCACCUCGCCCGUCAAAGAAGCCAAGACCAUCGUCAUCGAGAGAACUGGAGAGAUGAUUAAACAGGAAAUCAUUACUACCCCUUAAAGACACACUGCUUCUCUCCGACAGGAAUGAUUGAACGACAAGAAGACCCAGACGUCAACCCCUCCCCCCCCCCCCCCCCCCCCCCCGCCCCGCCCUCCCUCAUCCUCAGGGCUCCCAGGGUUGGUGGUGGUUGAAAUCCCCCUCUCCCCCCCACCUAAAUUUUGGAUCAGUGGUUCAGAUCUUGGGUUUGACCAAAUUGAGCUUGUCUGGGGUGACUGUUUUAUUUGGGCUUUUUUUGACAAGGGAACAAAUAAUCAAAGACCAAAUCUUCUCAGAAAAUGCUACAGCCUGUUGGUUGUGCAAUGGAUUAAGGUGGCAGUAAUGAAGCGAUCAUGACAACUGGGAACUGGGCGAGAUUUGAGCUGAACAGUGGGCUGUUUUAUUAAAAAAUCUGAGCUGAGAUGAUGUACUAUUUGGUUCGCACAGAGAAGUAACAAGUGAGCUUGACUAAGUAAAGUUUCAAGGUUGAAAAGAACUGGCCUUUGAUUGGCUGCUCUCCAUACUGCCUGCAGUAGUCAUGUGAGAAAUAAUAAAAUAAAAAUAAAUGUGUAUGAGGUUGUUUUAAAAUAAAGCUCUUUGCUAACAUUUCUAAAUUUAACUUUUAAUGUCUCGGUCUGAUUCCUACAUUAACAUUGAAACAUGGCCUUUUGAUGGAGAAUGUUAAGUUGACUAUUUUGACCAGGUAAAUACUAAGUUAGCACUCUGCAGUAGGGUUGGGAAAUCACGAUACAUUGCACAGAAUCGAAUCACUGAACAUGUGAUUUUGUCAUAUACUGCAAGACAGUCAUCUGUGAUUAAGUAUGCAACUGAAGAAAAAAACUAAAAUUGCUAAAUAUAUGCGAAAAGUCUAUUAUUUUUCUGUUUCCUAGCUAACUGCAAAAGGCCAAAUUGCCAGAAAUCAGAACAGUUCAGAGCUAAACAUUCUGGAGUAAAAGAAAGUUGCAGCUCUGUCUCAGUAUCACAGGAGAUAGUAUUGUGAUAUAUUGCUGUAUCGAUUGUUUGUCCCAUCCCUACUUGGCAGGUGAGCUUAUAGAUUACAGUAAGGCUGCAUCCAGCUCCAUGUGGAUGUCGCCUUCCCUUGAAUCAAAGGGGCUGAUCCCCGAAAUGCGAGAAUGAGAGAUCGCUGCAGAACAAAGUGAACAAACUGAUGGGAUGUCCCAAUUCCAUACUGCAUACUAAUUCUAAGCAGAUUUUGAAUAUGCAUCCAUGGUGUACUGUAAAUGACAAAGUUUAGCGUACUCAAACCAGAGAGUGUGCAUACUAAAUACAGUGUACAAUUUGAGCAUGCUGUCACCAUGCACAAAGAAAAUAGUUUUAUUUUUAUUAUUAAAGAGUUUAUUUGGCAGUGAUAUUCCAUCCAACAUUGCACAAUAAUGGUAAAGUAUGUUUAUUUCUUUAUACUAACUGCUAAAACAGUAUAGUAUAAGGAUUAGUAUGUAGUACAUGCUAAAGAUAUUGCAUGAAUGGAUUUGGGAUACACCAUGAGUUUCAGUUUGUGAAACAAAGAGUAAUAUAUUCUGUAGUUCCCUCAGUUGUCCUCCCUUUCAGCAUGAAUAGUUCACAGCAAGAUGUCACACAGGGUAGGGGCUGUACACGCUCUAUGGCAGGGAAUAAAUAGGGCUUGUAUCACUUAACAAUAGUAGUUCCAAUUCAGUGCCUGAGUUUUGGUACCAAACCAUUCUCAAUACCUUAGUUCCCCUCCAUUUGACAGUAUUCAAAUAUUCAAAUAUUAAAGAAUAAAUCAACAAGAUUCCACAUUUGAGUAAGCUUUCAAUGUUAACAUUCACUAUUUGACAGCUGUUGACAUAUGGUACUACAGGCACGUUGGUCGAUACUCAGGCUGACCUAUAAAUGUAAAGUUAUGAAUUUGUCAUUAUCUGAUCAAUUACAAUUCCACACUGUGGAGAAGUUGUGGUCAAAAGACAGAAAGAUCUUAAGCAUUUUGUUCCAUUUAUUAAUCAGGACUGUUCAGUUUCCUCAGUUGAUCUCUUGCUCACGUGGAACCAAAUGCUACCAAACUUACCAAAAGAGUGCCGUCUCAGCUUCCAGUUGUCACUAAUGCACGUUCAAAGAAACCUGGUGCCAUCUAGCAUGUAGCAUGAGAUCCUCCUCAAAGCCACCACACCUGUGCUAGCCCAGGGGACGAGGAAGUGGAUGUGUUACUAUGAUUGCUACUCUGCAUGUAAAUAGUUAUAUAUAUAAAGAUAUAUUUGUAAGAUGGGCACGCUCAGUGAAUGUUUUUUUCUGAUGUAACUGUAGAGCAGCCCUCCUGCGUUACAGUUCUGAUGAACAUUUAAAAAAUGUUCAGAUUGGGUAGUUUGGUUUACUUUUGUUUUUAUGUGCCCACUGUGUUAUUGUGUUUUCUUUUUUUUUUUUGAGGUCUUGUUAGCCUCUGAGGUGCAUGGGUAUGUGCUGUUCACAUGUAGCUUUCAUCUGGUUGUAAAAGUGGGAUCUGGGUUGGGACUGUGCAAUGUCUCACAUCCAUGAGAAGAAGUGCAAGCUUGCACUCCCUCCCAUGGGUGUGAUGCAUUGCAAAGGGUGGGUGGGGGUGGGGGUUGAGCUUUAGGGUUGGAUGGCUGGAUGUAUGGAACUGGAGCAUGAUUUUAUGGGGGUCUUAAGAUGGUGGAAGAACAUUUUAAAGCACAAUAUUAUGUAAAUCGUUUACUGAGUUUUCCUGGCUCUGUUCAAGCUUUUUACACAAGGAAGCAUGUUGAUGGCUUCGUGUCCACUGGGUGCUCGUCUUUAAGGUGCUGCAGUCUGUUUCACUGAUACGCAGCAUGAUUGCAGUUCAGGGUAGAAAGCUGACAGAACCCUUCACACUGAAUCUCGCCUUUACACUGAGGUGGGUUAUUUAUAUUUGGAACAAAAAAAAAAACCUUCAACUAUUGAACGUUGACAGCUGUUUUCACUUUCCUGCUGCCAGUAAAACGACCACAUUAUACACAUGAUGAAGUAGUAAAGAUAUUAUAGUAGUUGCAUUUGUACAGGACGCGUAUUAAGAGCAAUAAACAGAUGUAACUUACACAGGCAACCUAAGUGACAUCAGUUGUCUCUCAGAUUUCCUUUGAAUAUAGACAUUCAGAGUCUAUUUAUUUUCUGUUAACAAAUUAAAAGCCCUGUUAUUACCUAUAUACUGUAUAUUUCAUAAUGCCUACUGAGAGCUUUUUGUAUAUAUUGAACUGACCGUUUGUUUUUUGCUAUUUCUGAUAUUCAGCCUGACCUUGAUGACUGAUUCUCAUUUGUGUAAUAAUAAUAAUAAUAAUAAUAAUAAUAAGUCUUCAUGCAUAAUUCUAGAAGCUCCUGCAUGAUUUAGUGCGUCAGGUUGAGUUUUAAGUUGUCACUUAAUUUGACAUAGACAUGUACUGUGACUUGACAGGCUGCAGCACAAAUUCCUUGCUACUAGAGUAGUUUAAAAUGUGUAAAACGUGAAAAAAGUUUUAGCCAUACUGCACCGACAUUCCCUCUAGAUGCUUGAUUAACACUGCUAACAGAAAAAAAGCUACCCAGUGGACACAAAGUCGAACUUCUGUAGGAAGCCUGUAAAAAUAUGUUCAUGGGACCUCAAGUGUCUUAUUGAGUUAGCUUGUUGGCAAGCCAAUGUUAGGCCGACGUUGCUGUUUAGAUGACAGGAUAUCAUUAUCUGGUCAGUUGGUCAAAAUCUGACGACUGUGAUCAUUUUCAAACAGCUUUGGCAGCAUCGGACCAAUAGUGGCUCUUUGGUUGCCUAAAGAAAGGCCUUCAAAUUUGCUUGCUAUCUGGGUAAUCUGUGAGGAGACCAAAUCCUGCCUUUCUUUGCCAGCAGAGAAUAAAUUGUAUGCUGUGCUAAAUUAACUGGUUGUAGCUAAUCUUCAAAUAGAUGUGUCUAAAUAUAUUUUCGUAAGCAAACUAUUUUCUUUAUUCUCCAGUUCAAGAGGAUUUGGGCUGCUAGCCUGGCUACACUGCCUCAGUCCUCUCCAAUGAGAAAUGUUUCAGCUGUGAUAGAUUGUGAUUAAAAUCAAUAAUGUAUCUUUGCAAAAGUGCACUUGUUUUGUGUUUUAAAGCGUGAUAAAAACUGCUCGAUCAACA